AAGCAAGUCAAUCUUGAUCUUUGAUUUGCUUCGCUUUGACUAUUUGUUUGUGAAUCAUUGAACGUAGUUCACCAAUUGUCAGUAAACUUGCGUUCCGAGCGUAGUUGUUCGUUAGUAGCUGUUUGAUCUCAAGUACUGCCACCUGAGACGACGACACCGAACCGAAAGAAAGCUUACUGCUGUGUGAAGUCGGUGUUUGUGUGUGACGGAAAAUGGCCGCUACCAUGAGUGAUCCUGUUGAUUCGUCCUGUGAUUUUUCGAAAUCGCCCGUCUUUACGACGGAGGCGAUCAACAAGAUGGAAAAUCAAGAAAAUGAAGGCGUACCUUUGCAGACCGCCUGGACCUUCUGGCUGGACAAGUCUGUCCAUGGAAGCUCAGCAGCUGAAUUUCAGGCAAAUCUGAAAAAAAUUUAUACUGUGCGGUCUGCUCAAGGAUUCUGGGCCGUGUACAACAAUAUACCAGGAGCUGAUGAAAUACAGGUACGAUACAGCUAUCAUUUGAUGCGAGAAGAUCGUAAACCACUGUGGGAAGAGCCCUACAACAGGCGAGGAGGUACAUGGAGAAUUAAGUGUCAGAAGAGGGAUACGACGAAAGUAUGGAGGGAAAUGCUUGUAGCUGCAAUCGGAGAGCAAUUUUCUGAUGCCCUCGCUGAUGGUGAUGAAAUAUGUGGAGUCACUGUAUCUGUUCGAGACCGGGAAGAUUUAGUGCAGAUUUGGAACAUUAAUGCUGAUUUAAGUGAAAAGUCCACUGUCAUAUCACGAGUGCAUAGACUCCUACCUGAUGUUGAUUUCCCAGCCAUCUUCUAUAAGCGGCAUGAUACACACCAAGCCUUUGAAAAAGGAAGACGUUGAUCAAUGGUGGUUGCUGGUUGGUGAUCUCGGUAUUCACAAUAAAAAUAGUUCAGAUAUUAAUACAAAAUCUAUGAAAGUGUAGAGAGUGUGCCCUACACUACAAAAGUAUCACUUUUUAAUCAGACUCAAGUGAAAAUUAAAUUUUGACUGGAAUUAAUUGACCAUCAUACCCAGAAUUGCCAAAUUAGUUCUUAACGGUGAUAAAGUUAAGAUUAUCUAGUUUAGUGAAGGGUACCGGCAACCAGAAAUACCAGUGCUCUUCUUAAUUUAACUUUGAAUAAUGAUAAUCAUCAAGCACUCCCUCCUCCCAAUUGAUGAAGAGUUGUAGUAUUUUAUCUCAUUCUUCAAGUGCCAUUUUAUGUUAUCAGAGUCCAAGACGAUUUUUUUACUUUAACUGUUGAUACCUGAAGGGUCUAUUUUAUUUUAAUUAGUCUUGUUUUUCACUUACUAUAAAAAUUAUUUAGUUCUAGCUAUUAUUAUACAAUUUUAAGAAUAAAUUUGUACUUUUUCAAUUCUUUCUUACUUCUAUUUGAUGAAUUUGUAAUAGUGCCAUGUUGUUGAAAAUAGCUCUUGUUCACUGCAACUGUACUUGUGCACAAGUUGACAAUAUACGGAAACAACCUGGAGCAGA